UUUAACCAAACAGCCCUGCUUUUCUUCUCCCGUUCACCGUACACGCCGCGUGCGCGCGCUCUGCCUCUCGUGAGAAACUGGGUGACUGCUGCCGCCGUCCUGCACAAGGUGACUAGGUCUUCUCGGAUCCUUCGCCGGCGACGGGCACCCACGAGAUUCACAGUUCACAAGGGAUAGAACAGAAGUUGAGCAUUGAGGAACAGUAUGCCGUGGACGCCCCUGUACUCGUCGUAUCCUAGUAGCCGAAAGUCCAUCUGUCUUGUUGUAUUCUUCCGUGUUAUUGUGUAAGGUGGCUACAUCUCCACAAGAAUACUUUUUCUUCUAGUGGUUCUCUAUUCUUGACUACUCAAGUGUGAAAAGAUUGAGAAUGUAUGUGAAGGUUGAGCUCAAGAGAUUUCGUGUUGUGAAGGAAGUGGGAAGAAUAGUAAUGAAUGUUAGGAUCUUUGCUUGUUACCAGCUUAUUGAAGUGUGCCAGGCUGAGUACUUCCGUCAAUUGCUUAAGCCUGUGACGUAGUCUAAAAACAGGACCAGGGUUUUGUUUUUCAGUCUGCUAUAUAGGUUCGGUGUUAAUAGAAAUUUGCAACAACAAAGCAGUGCAGUCAUGGUGAUGGCUACUUCGCGGUAGGACAUAUUUAGUCUUCUGUUGCAAGCUGCAAUCGCAUUUUAGAAUUCUGGUUGUUUUGGGCAGUUCACUGCACCACAUACAUUAGUGUGCCUGGGUCCAAUUCGGCCAUCUACCCAUGCAGAGGGAUCCAACAUCUUUAGCUGGAAAUUCCUCCUUUGCUUAUGGAUAUGAAGCAGAUAAUUGUAUGGCAAAUGGACUUUUGGGUGGUCAGUGCAACCACAGCGUUCCUGUUUCACCUGCCUUAGCAGUCCCUUCGGGCAUCACAAGCCCUCACAUCCGAAGCCCACUUGAUGCAUUUGAGCUCCAACCUUCCAAGGUAUGCCCCAGAAAUUUCAUCAUCUUUGAUCACACUGAUGAAAAAGGAUGCAUCAUGUAUCAUCCAGCCUUGGUGAACAAUCUGAACCCCGCAAACAUCGAUUUGCUCCAAUGCCAUGGUGAGGUGGUUUGUAGAAGUUCAGGCCAAGACAAUGGCAAUCUUGAAGAACAGUCCUCAUCUUUCAAGGAGGAUACAGAAGAAAUCGAUGCACUGCUCAGCUCUAAUGAUGACAGCGAUGAAGAUGAUGUUGUGAGUACCGGGCGUACUCCGGAUCCCUUGGAAAGUGGUCCUUCUGAAUCAUCUUCACUGCCCAGAUUUAAGACAAUUAGUCAAGUUUCUGGAAACAGUUCAGUUUGCUCUGGAUCCUUGGAAAAUGUUACUCAUGAGAAGAUCAGGAACGUGGCCACAGUUCUUAAGGGGAUAAUCCCUGGUGGAGAUCAACUGGAUACUUCUUCUGUCCUGGAGGAAGCUGUUAGAUAUCUGAAGUUCCUCAAGAUGGAGUCAAAGAAACUUGGCAUGGAGGACUCGAGUAUUUAGAAGCCAUCAACAUGGUGGUAUAAACAAAAUCUUAAGGAUCCAAGACUGCAUGUGUAUAUGUAUAUAUAUGGACUUCAGUUUGGCCAUUAUCAUCAUUAUUACUGAAUUGGCUUUUUCUGGGUAUGGAAGGGAAGCAAGGUAUCCUGCUUUUGCUACUUUCAGCAGGCCUCAAAAGACAGUUUGUGGGAUUCUGAUGCUUGAUUUCUGGUGUCCCUGCUCGUCAUGGUGAUCGUGCGGCGAAGCUUUGGAUGCUGCUGCCAUCAUGUUGUCUGGCUUACCUUUUGCCAUUUGUGACUUGGAACUCCACCUGUGCUACGAUCAGCCUUGCCUUAGUGGGCACACCCCCAAGUAACUGUACUUUGCUGAAGGUUACUGCCGUCUACCUUUUCUGGACCCCGUCUUCAGGACUUAAAUUAUUGUGCAUGCUUGCUUUGAUAUACUGUGCAGAACAGGGUAUUACCGUUGUAAAGUAUGGUAGGAAAUGAUGCCGAGCUUUGGCUUUGUGAAUCGUGUGAAGAUUGAAGAAGAAUCUGUCUCCCUCUAUUUGCUUUGGAUUUAUUGGUGAUGAUAGUGCUCACUUUUGGUUAA